GAACUGGUGGACAUUUAUCCAACUUUAGUGGACUUAGCACAUUUGCCCCCACUACCGCUUUGCAACGCGUCAGCGCCUGCAUAUGAACAAUUGACGUGCAGAGAAGGUAAAAGCCUGUAUCCACUGUUGCAGGGCAUCGGCUUGGGCGAAGAACAUGUGGCUUUCAGUCAGUAUCCACGCCCGGGCAUAGAACCAACAAAGCAUCCUAAUAGUGAUAAGCCAAAACUGUUGAAUAUCAAAGUGAUGGGCUAUUCAAUGCGCACAACCAUAUUCCGUUAUACGCUUUGGGUGCGUUUUCAUGCACAGAAUUUUAGUAGAGAUUGGAAUGAUGUUUUUGGCGAAGAGCUGUACGAUCAUCGCUUGGAUAUGGGCGAAGAUAUAAAUUUGGCGAAUAUACCUGAGUUCGAUGAGGCGCGUAUGCGUUUGAAACAGCAGUUGAUAACAGCAUUUUCGAAGUAAUGUGGGUGUACCACCUUUAAUAAUGUUUGUUUAAAAGAAAUCUGUGUUAGUUGCCCGAAAACAAGACGAUAAAUAAAUACUGAAAACAUCCUCCCAUAAGAGGAUCUUUGCCGCCCACUUCAUAAA